AUGAGCGAAAAGACGAGAGAGCCAUGGCUGAAUAUCGUGGCGCACGGCCAUUUGCGAAACGUCGCCCGCACGUACGCUUACCUCAGCACGAUCGAUUUUUUUCUUCACCCAUCACCGUCUGCUCAUCCACCUUCUCCCCCUUCCCUGUUUCCUUCAUACACAAAAAUGGAGGACGUAUUCGACGGCGCUGUUGGCAUUGAUCUCGGCACUACCUACUCUUGUGUCGGCGUUUGGCAAAACGACCGUGUCGAGAUCAUCGCCAACGACCAGGGUAACCGGACAACACCGUCAUACGUUGCUUUCUCCAGUGAAGAGCGUCUGAUCGGUGAUGCCGCAAAAAACCAGGCUGCUAUGAACCCCCGCAACACCAUCUUCGACGCAAAGCGCCUGAUCGGUCGCAGAUACGACGACCCCGAUGUUAAGAAGGAUAUGUUACAUUGGCCUUUCGAGGUCAUUGAAAAGGACGGAUCCCCUCUGAUUAAGGUCGAAUACCUUGGCGAAGGGAAGAUGUUCAGCCCCCAGGAAAUCUCGUCAAUGGUCCUCACGAAAAUGAAGGAGAUCUCGGAAGCGAAGCUUGGCAAGACUGUGAAGAAAGCAGUCGUCACCGUUCCCGCUUACUUCAACGACUCCCAACGGUUGGCGACAAAAGAUGCGGGUGCCAUUGCGGGUCUUGAUGUUCUCCGUAUCAUCAACGAGCCUACUGCUGCGGCUAUCGCGUACGGUCUUGACCGCCAAUCGAGCACGGAGAAAAACGUCCUCAUUUUCGACUUGGGCGGAGGAACUUUCGAUGUGUCUCUUCUCAACAUCACUGGUGGUGUGUUCGCCGUUAAGGCCACUGCAGGUGAUACCCACUUGGGUGGGGAGGACUUCGAUAACAACCUCCUGGAACACUUCAAGAAGGAGUUCCAGCGCAAGACUAAGCUUGACAUCUCCGACGAUGCACGUGCACUCAGGCGAUUGAGAAGUGCUUGUGAGCGUGCGAAGAGGACAUUAUCCAGUGUCACUCAGACCACCGUCGAGGUCGAUUCCCUGUUCCAGGGUGAGGACUUCUCUGCGAACAUCACUCGUGCCCGUUUCGAGGAGAUCAAUGCAGCUCUUUUCAAGUCUACGAUCGACCCUGUUGAGCGGGUGUUGAAGGAUGCGAAGAUGCCCCGGGAGAAGGUUGACGAUAUUGUCCUCGUCGGUGGUUCCACCCGCAUUCCCAAGAUCCAGUCACUGGUGUCGGAAUACUUCGGCGGGCGUCAAUUGAACAAGUCGAUUAACCCCGACGAAGCCGUUGCCUACGGUGCCGCCGUCCAGGCUGCUGUCCUUACCGGUCAGACGUCGGACAAGACUGCGGAUCUCCUUCUUUUGGAUGUUGCUCCCCUCUCCUUGGGUGUCGCCAUGCAGGGUGACAUCUUCGGUGUAGUCGUACCUCGUAACACCCCCAUUCCCACAAACAAGUCCCGAACGUUCACGACCGUCGAGGACAACCAGACCACGGUCACGUUCCCUGUGUACGAGGGUGAGCGCACACAGUGUCGUGACAACCGUCUACUCGGCGAGUUCGAGCUUACAGGCAUUCCUCCAAUGCCUCGUGGACAGGCUGAGCUUGUCACCACUUUCGAGGUCGAUGCCAAUGGUCUAUUGAAGGUCACUGCUCAGGACCGCGCAUCGGGCCGCAAGGCGCAAAUCAGCAUCACCAACUCCGUUGGCCGUCUCUCCUCGGUCGAGAUUGAGCAGAUGAUCAAGGAUGCUGAACAGUUCAAGCAGGCGGACAAGGACUUCUCGGCGCGCCAUGAGGCUAAGGCUGACUUGGAGACCUACGUCCACCAGGUUGAGAACACUAUCACGUCGCCCGAGAUUGGCAUGAAGCUCAAGCGCGGCGCAAAGUCGCAGGUCGAGGCUGAGCUCGCACGCGCGCUCGAGAAGCUCGAGAUCGAGGACUCGACGGCGGACGAGCUGAGGAAGGCGCAGUUGGGCAUCAAGCGGGCGCUACAAAAGGCGACCGCGGGCAUCCGAUGA